AUGGAUCAAGCUGACCAAUGUACACUGGAGCACAAUCACCUAUUCCACACCAGCUACGAGAAAGUAGUGGUACCAGUGGCAUUUAAAGUGAAACGCUGCCUCUUCGGGGACAACGACGACAACCUAUCGGACGUGUCCGACACGUGGAAGGAUGACUAUGUCGACAUUGCCUUUUCGUCCCCCCGUGAAGCCGAAGUACAACCGCAACACAACGCUCACCCGCGCAGAGGCUGUGUGAACUACACUUGA